AUGAGUGGCCGUCGAGGGCUUGUGCAGCCGUCUGGUGCAGACAGGGCGAGCGUCGUCGACCUGCCUUCGACAUAUCAACAUGAAACUCACUUCACGCCGCGAUCCGAUAUGCUUGGAUUCAAAUUGGAGAUGCCUCGUCGGGACGGCUCCGUACAUGAGAAAAUUCGGCCAAUUUAUUUGGACUUGCAGGCAACGACCCCACUUGAUCCCCGGGUGUUGGAUGCCAUGCUUCCCUACAUGACCGAUCAGUACGGUAAUCCACAUAGUCGAACGCAUGCCUAUGGAUGGGAAGCUGAACAAGCUGUGGAGGAUGCACGGAAGCACGUUGCGGAUCUCAUCGGAGCUGACGCCAAGGAUAUUGUUUUCACGUCAGGCGCAACUGAAACGAAUAACAUGGCAAUCAAAGGCGUCGCACGCUUUCACAAAGAAAAGAAAAAACAUAUCAUUACGACCCAAACCGAGCACAAAUGUGUAUUGGACUCAUGUCGGAAACUUUCAGAGGAAGGUUUUGAUGUGACAUAUCUGCCUGUGAAGAACAAUGGCGUCGUUGAUUUGGAUGUAUUGGAAGCAGCCAUUCGACCCGAUACUUCUCUCGUUUCGAUCAUGACCGUGAACAACGAGACGGGUGUUAUCCAGCCAAUCAGAGAAAUUGGCGCCCUACUUCGGAAGCACAGAGGUGUCUACUUUCACACCGACGCCGCUCAGGCCGCAGGAAAAAUCCCCUUGGACGUCAACGAAAUGAAUGUCGAUUUGAUGAGUAUUUCUGGUCAUAAGCUCUAUGGUCCGAAAGGUAUAGGCGCUGCUUAUGUUCGGAGACGACCAAGGGUCAGACUUGAGCCUAUUUUGAGUGGAGGAGGUCAGGAACGUGGUUUGCGCAGUGGAACCUUGGCAUCACCGCUCGUUGUCGGCCUGGGAGAGGCUGCAAGGAUUGCAAAACAAGAGAUGGCGAGGGACCAUACGCAUGUAAAAGAGUUAUCCGAACGUUUGAUAAGAACCGUUAAUUCGCAGGUAGAGCAUGUUGUUCGAAAUGGCGACGUGGAUGGCUAUCCGGGCUGCGUCAAUCUUAGUUUCUCGUAUGUUGAAGGAGAAAGUCUCCUCAUGGCAUUAAAGGACAUCGCGCUAUCAUCGGGUAGUGCUUGUACAUCAGCAUCUUUGGAACCGUCAUAUGUCCUGCGAGCCCUAGGCGCGGCUGAGGAUAUGGCCCACUCUUCACUGCGAUUUGGCAUUGGUCGGUUCACCACGGAAGCCGAGAUUGAUUUUGUUGUGAAGCAUAUCGUUAGCACUGUCAACAAAUUGCGGGAAAUGAGCCCGCUGUGGGAAAUGGUUCAAGAGGGCAUUGACAUUAACUCGAUUGACUGGUCGCAGCACUAA